AUGCUCAAGGCUAUCUUCUAUAGUAAAUUCGAUACAAGCUCAGGGCCAAAAGUCGUCCAUCAAGUCCCAGAUGGAGCUGUAGUCCCAUCCCCCACUGCCCCUCCCGAUUCCCCCACACUCUUCAAUUUCUCCGAUGUAUCAUUCUUUGUGAUACCUCGACAGGAGCUCUGCGGCAAUCUCAUACAUGUCUGUACCAAUGGCUACCGGAUUCUUGGGUCCCCGGUGUGCAUCAAAUCGGAUCGCUAUGAUCGGAAUGAAUUUAUUUUCAAUUUCUGCGUUGUGCUGACCGAGGAGCAUGAAUGGGGCACAUUCAGGCCUGUGGUACAGAAGUUGGCAGAUUUGAUGUCCGAGUUAGAAGAACAGUCGGCCUUUUUAUCGGAAGAUUUAUCUGACAGCGGGGAGGGGAAGGUUCAUAGCUUGUGUGAGACGCUGAUGGAAGAUUUGAACAAUUACUGCGAAUGCAUGCUCCCAAUUGAUGAAUUCAAUACCCUUAACAUAAAAUUGUUCCCUCUGUACGCCUCUCCCCCUCAGGUCAAGCCAUGGCACGUGCCAUUGUUUACCGUCCGAUAUGAGGCAUUCAUAGAUGAGAAUUGGGAUCUCACCAUUCAAAGGAUUGUUCCACAUGUCAAUGGCGUCAAUAGCGUCCGUGUGAUUGCGAUGCUUGCGGAUUCUGACUUCACACUUACCUGUCGUGCAAUUCGCUACCUUGUCUACUUUGGAUGCGUGUUCCUUUUGGAUAUAUUUUCAUUCUCUGCAAUGUAUGCCCAAACUGCACAGUUUGGCUCCUCCAUUGCAUCGGAUGAGGAAAUGCAGCGCGAAUGUGCCCGCUAUGUGAAUACUCGCUUCUCUCCAACUUUAGCGCCGACUAGGUCGGGGGGAUCGGCGACAUCUAGUUCGGCUACAGCAGAACGAAAUAAUGAUACUGCUGAUGCUGAAAAGCAGAAACCAGGUAUGGAAGACGACAUAUGGCCAUUAGUUGGAAAGGAGGAUAUAACUGCUGGCCAUCAGCCCUCUGGAACACUUCCUCCUAUUGUUGACGGUGUCGGACUUGUGGAGCUUUAUGCCAGCCUGAAACACGGCCAGAGCGUCAAGCAAUGGUAUCUAAAAAAUAUGCGAAAACUCGCCAACAUUGAUGUACGACGCUUCAUUACCUUUGGGGUCAUCAAGGGAUUUUUGUACCGUAUUCAUAAGUAUCCAUAUGCUACUGGCCAGCCGGCCCAGUCCUCAACGACAACGACAAUUGUUACCACCACCACCAAUGGUACGCAGCAAAUAUCUUUCCACUCGGGAUCCCCUUCAUUUCAUCGAAAUCGGGUGAACUCAUCCCUUUCUCAGCGCCGAAAAAACCCACAUAUAUUUUCCACAGAGCCCCCACCGCACUACAAGCACUAUUUCCGCGAUCAAGACGAGCAUGGAAAAGCCGAGGAUACCAAUAUUAAUGACGAGGAAGAUGAUAUAAGUGAAGAGGAGAGAACCCUCAUGGCCUUUUUAGAUGGAACUCAUUGCUUUGACGAAAUCUGUACGGAGUUGCAAAUUAGUGAGAAAGAGCUCACCACAAGGCUAAAAAGGUACCCCAAAGAAGUCUUGAUCAUUCAACGAUAG